AUGAAAUCCGGCACUUCUCGACUAUUUGAACUUCAACCCGAUCCUUACGACGAUUCGCAGAAACGUUUUUUUCGGGUCUGUUUAUUUAUGGACGUAAGAAAUUCAUCUAAACUGAAGGAGGAGCUUAAAGAUGGAUCGAUCCAUGCAGCAUUAAUCAAACCUGAAUUAAUUUUGGAAGUAUUCAUAUUAUUAGCAGCUGCGAAUAAGGCUGUUCACCAAGCAGCAUAUAACAAACUAUCAACGCGAACACUUCAUGCAGAAGUGAUUUACUCUUUGUCGCCUAAUCGCAAUAUAUCAGAAUCGUUAAUAACGUUUGGAAUUGGAGAAGAGAGUCGUAAUAUCUUGGUUGGUAUUUUUGAUGAUGAAAGCGGAGAAAAAAUGGUUGCACUGGCUAAAAAAAUUGAUGGACAACCAGCUUCACUGAGCAGAUUGUCUCAGUUGACCAAUUACGAGCUUAUUAAAAAGAUAUACCGAGUGAAAGAAUCAGAAUAUAAUGAUGAGUCAAUAAGUGAUGCGAUUAUUACUAGAAUCGCCACCAAAGAUUGUGUUUAA